CUUACGGUACUUGUGAUUUCGUUUCGCCAUAUUAGCCGAGCUAUUACUGAAAUUGAUAAAUAUUGCUGGUAGUUUGGGAGAUAAUCGCUGAUUUCAGCUCUGAAUUUGGCGAAGGAUGAAACCGAGAAGAAUGUCUGAUGAUGUAGACGGUGAGAAUUCGGUUAUGAAGACUUGUUGUUGCUGUAUGGACGUUCGCCUGGGCACAAUUGUGCUCGGAUUUUGCCAUCUGGUAAGCAAUCGUGAGAUUGCGACGCUUUCCUUCUCAGUAUUUAGUUCUGAUGUUUGUAAUGAAAGCUGUAAGCUUAUGCCGGCUUUUCAAACACUAGUAUUGGUUGCUUCAUGUGAUCUGUUUUAUUCUAAGUUCAGCUUCCGCACUGUAAGUCGUCGGAUUCGAUAGCUUCGGAUCAUUCUUCCGGAUGAAGAUACAUUUAGCAAUUUACUACUUCUUACAAACAUUUAUUUCGGCAAUGAAUUAUUUUUGUUUAUUUCAUUUAUUAUUAGAUUCUUGAAGGUUAAUUAGAAGCCGGUCGACGAAAGAAACCAAAAGUUGCGAACGCUCUAACACACCAUAUGCGUAUUGAUCUUAUCCCCUUUCGAUUUCAACUGCGUUGUUCCUAUUAUUAAUCAUGGGUAUUACAUAUUUAUGGCUGAAAGGGAAAAUGUUUUUUAAGCAUGCCGAAAGUCGAGCUGCUGAUAUUUUGUAAGAAAAGUGAUACUCUUUUUUUCAAUAUUCCCUUGGGAAAUGAACCCUCCAUUCUGAAACGCCCAGUAUUUUUUGUUUGUCCAAUACUGUUACUUACGUAUAAUAUAAUUCUCUACAAAUAACAUGUUAGAAUACGAUUAAAUUAUGAAUUUGUGGAAACCAUCUACAGAGCGAGCAAUAAUCAAAUCCAAUCUAUUCACUGGGUGAUUCUAGAUCCUUGUGACAUUUUUGUUCCUUCAUUUUAAGAUGCUGCAGGGUUCUGUGAAUGACUAGAAAUUAGUAUCCACAGAAAGGUUUACCAUCCUAGCUUCCCCAACUUCCUUUCACAUGAAUUGUCAUCUUUGAUCUUGACUCACUUUCCCUGGAAAUCUCAAUCUCUGAUGUUUGGGAAGGCCCUCAUCCCAAACCAUAGGAAAAUACCCAUCUUUGACUUUGUGACACCUUGUACAUUAGAAGAAGAAUUUCCUCCUUAUCUGAGAAAGGCAGCUACAUUAGCUGACAAGGGCAUGUUGAUUUUGUUCUAUUUAUUAGUUGAUUCACAUUGCUGGUUUGGUGGUGUUGACUCAAAUGUUGCUGCAUCCAGAACUGUACCAAGAGAGGUACUUUGAAACUUAUGGCACCACACCACGAUCAGGUUUGUAUGAAAAGAUAGCUUUGAUAUGCUGUUGUGGUCUGGAAACAUUCUGGAAUUUCAGUAUUUUUCCUUUUUUUUUCUUUAUUUGUUUUUCUAAUCUGUUGUGCUGCUUUCUCAAAAGAAAGGUUUUUGUGAAUAAAAUGAACAGCCUUAAAAAUUUAAAGUUCAGAGAGAGUUCUGCUUAAUAUUUCAAAUAUAAUUAAUUUUAAAAAAAAGAAGCUAACAGUAAAACAUAAAAGCUUUGCCUCCUCACCUGAUACAGUAACAAAGUGUACAUGGUGUGGUUAAAUUAAAAUAAUUUGUUUCAUGUUUUCAGCUGAUAACUCAGUUGCACUGGCCAUAGCAUUUUUCUCCUUUCUGAUCACAAUUUUGCUGAUUUAUGGUGCCAUUACUGUAAGUAUUAUAUCUUUGAGAUUGUUUGGAAUGGAAUCAAACCUUGAUUACUAGGAACUCAAGUGUCUGACAUUGUCAGGUAUUCAGUGUAUCUCAGAGAUAAGCAGAAGAUUAAAUUUACUUGCCGUUUUGUAUGUUUCAGCGUGAGCCAACUUAUCUGCUGCCAUUUUUUUGUAUGCAAGUGUUUGAUUUCUGUGUGAAUCUGUUGGGUGCUGUUGGUGCAAUCAGUUAUAUACCAGAGCUGAAACUCAUGCUAAAGAACAAUGUGAGUCUCAAGUUUGGGUUGGUAGUUAAAUUUAAUUGCUAAAUUAUAUUUUCAUUUUCAUCUUGUCAUCCUGAUGUUGUGUGAAUGAAUUGUUUUAUGUGGUUCUUCUUGUGCUUAAAAAUAAUUGACAAUGGCUUUUUUGCAGAGAGACCCUUUUUAAUAAAGGUGUAUGUUCAGAAAGAUUGGACGUAAGCAUUGGCACAAUGGGGCAAGGGUUUUGAUUGUUUUUUGCCUUUUGUUGCAAAACCACCUGAGAUAAAAAUGUACUGUAUAACCCAGCUAACUCAAACUCUUAAGGGAAAUAAAUAAUGGGUUUGAGUCAUCUGCGUUUGAGCCAGUAGUGUUCCAGUUUAUGUUGGAAGUGUAUGUCUUUUCAGUAUUUUUGUUGACCUCAUCUUAAUCAUUUUUAAUUUUAAUGAAGUAUACUUUUUUUGACUCCUUGUGUUGGUUUAAAGCCCAACUUUCCUGUUGGUGAUGCUGUGGACAAAAUGGACAUGAAGACUCUGAUGUUGACAGUUGUGGUGGUGUCUGUAACAAUUCUAACUAUUAAGGUAAGCUAAUCUGGCCUGUUGCUCUUGCUACAUUCAAUAAAACAUUUACUUAGGAGUAACUCGCAUGCUAUUAGAGAGAUACAUCCUGGGUAUAAUAAAAAUUUUGUUUCAUACAGUUUGAAUCACUGUCUUAAAAGAGAACUGAGCAUUGGUUAAAUAGAUGUUUUUCUUUUUUCAGGCUUACUUGAUUGCCUGUGUUUGGUCAUGUUACAAAAUUUUGCUCAGUUUCCAUGUGAAGAAGGCCAGAAACUCAUUCAUGUUUCAAAUCAAUCAGUCAGAUGAAACUGAGGUGAGUGUUGUCCAUUUAGUUAGAUUUUUUUUUUUUAGAAAGUUUGAUUUGGUCUGUCUAUUUAGAGCAGAGUAUUUGCUGACUUCAACCUGACUGAUGUCAAACUGAAAGGUGGCUUUCUUUUCUUACAUUUAAUGUAGGGUUUUAUGCAGGCCUAUUAAACCAAUGUUAACCUGUUUUACCUGAUUAGAAACUUAAUAUGUUGCUCACCACAUAUUGUAUGAAUAUAUCCAUGGUAUUGUAUCCUUAUGAAGUUGUACACUUGCAUUAUGAAAAUAUGGCAAGUACCUUACCACAACAUAUAUAAGGGUGUUGUAUGUCAUGGUAAUGGGACCAUUUUCCUACCACUGCAUUGAACCUGGUUUGAUUUCUUUUGGUUGUGGUAAUAGAACCUAGCAUGAGCCUAAACAUGAAACACCAGAACAUGUUGGAACACUGUGAAAUUAAAAAAAAUUAAUAUUAAAUUUGAUAAAAAAAAAGUUAAACUGAAUAUGUAAAAUAUAUAAAAUGAAUUUGUGUGUAGCUUGUGCUCUUAGUGCGUCAAGUCCACCAUCUUAGUUUUUGCUGACCAGUAAACUCACUGUUUUGCAACAUGGAGAAUGGUGGUUUCCAUUCAUGUCAUCUGCAAUCCAUUGUUAUCACUUCAAAUGUAAUAUGCUCAACCUCUCAUAAUUUGCCCACUGAAAAACCAAGUAAAAUUUUGGAAUCACAUGACAUUUCUAAACAAAUAUCUCAUACUCAAGGAAUCUUUCAGUAACAUAUUGGUGAAAAUGUCUGACUGUUGAGCAUUUAGUCCAUUUGAGACUGUGUCUGGCAGUCUGAUCAGAAAGGCAGAAUUCUGAGUGUCAACAAUCAUGCAAUAUUAUAGUAUGAACAAGUUUGGUGAGUUUGUCCUCUAAAACAGCAAACUACUGUAAUUUCUGGCCAUUUGCCCACAUGGCUGAUUACCCGCACUGGCCAAUUAUUGCAUAUGCGAAAAAAAAAGUUAACAGAUUACCCGUACUGGUGGAUAACCUGCAUUUUAUGUUAUUCAACUUUAUUAUUUCAAUAUUAAGGUGAUACAUUUCAGUCUUUUAAAAGUUGUCUGAUCUAACUUUCGAAAACUUGUAAGUGUCCCUUGUCAAGUUCAAAGGUCAAAGAAAUUCAGACAUGUGCACAAUUCUGUGUCAAUGUUAGUAUGUAUUUUAUUGAUAAAAUUAUACAGUAAAAACACUAGUGGCCCAUGUCCAAAUCUCAACAUUUCAUACUUGACAAAAAGCGAAUUUGCAGGCACAUUUUGUGCGAGCGAUCGUUCAGCACCAUGUUGAUUUGUUGAAAGCAAGCUGGGUGAGUGUUAAAACUUGAAUUAUAAAGUACUGUCGGCGAUUUCUGAAAAAAAUCAUUAUCUCUGGUUCUAUUGGCCUAACAAGUCCCUUAAAACAGGAAAAUUCUCUUUAGCUCAAGCUAGUGUUAAAUGGAAAUUUGUUACUGAUGUGCCAGAUAUCUUUGGAUUAUUUUUGUCACCAUCAAGGUUUUGUUUUCACACAUGCUGAUAGCAAUUUGUUUAUCAUGCAACUAAUUAUGCAUGACAUAAACUUGAGUUGGCAUCAUGUUUUCGUGCCGCUUUGUGGCACUCUUAAUACAAUAAAAUUCAUUUGAGAGGUGAUAAUUUUUUCCAAUUCAACUACGAGUAGAUUUUUAAAUUGUUACGUAACCCGCACCUCCCUAUCACACGCAGUGGCGUGCGUUUAGUGAAAAAUCAACAGAUUACCCAUGGGUAAAUGGUCAGAAAUUACGGUAAUUUUUGGAAUUACUUGACAUUUUUAAACAAUCAUUUGAUAUUUUUAAAAGUUUGAAAGAACCUUUUGUGGAAAUUCUGUGAAAUUUUCUGGCAUUUAGUCAAUUGAGACUGUGCCAGCUGUCGGGCAUUUAGUCACAGCUAAAACAAGAGACAAAAAGAUCUUCAAAGACUGAAGUUACAGGACGUUCCUGUGUUCCUGCAUGUUCUGGUGUCCUGGGUUUUUUAGCACAUGCUAAAGAACCCAUGCAUAUCUCACAAUGGGUUUGGAAGGUAGCUCUUGGUGUUGUGGUCUGGCUGUUUUGAUGGUAACACUGGCCCCUAUUUAAACCAGCUUGAAAGUUGAAUAUUCUAAAAUUUGCAAAUAAAUAAAAUAAAUUGUGGUUAGUAUUUGUUAGGUCUACACUUAUGUUGUUAGUGAUGCCUGGUGAUUGUUGCUCUCAGGUUCAACUUGAAUAACAGGGCCUGUUCAUCUACCAUGAUCAUAUAAUAUGGGAGAUUGUUAACAUCAGUAGCACCCUUAUGUUAAAAUGUUUUGUUGUGAACCACCACUAUGAGUUAUGUAUGUAACAAGAAGCCACUCAAACCUUAUUGCUUUCUUUGCAGACUCAUAGUCUUCUGCCAAAUUAUGAGGAUGCAGUUAAAGACACUCCCAAAGAGUCUCCACCUCCUUAUACUUCUAAUUAAUCUGCAUACUGUGGACUAACAACAGCUCUGAUGCUUUUGUUUUGUUAGUAGUUGUUCAUUUUGCUCUGUGAAAAUUCUUGUAGACAUUUGUUUCUAGCUGUGUAUAACUAUUUAAUUUAUAAUAGGUUAAUUCAGCCAACACUCCAUAUUAGCUUUCUUGGUGAUAUUAGAUAUUAUUAGAUUUCUUUGAUAUUCUCAGAGGGACAAACACCAUCAGGUCAGUUAUUAAACAGGAAUUAUAAAAAGAAAUUAUGAUAAACAUUAGUAUAAGUUUUAAAUAAAUAAAUAUGGCAAGUAGGUGGAUGAAUUAGAAUUCUUUGUUUUCCAAGGAGCCAGGAGGGAUUAGGUUCUAUUCUACCAUCAGAAGUUGAAAAUUUUGAAGCAGGUUUUUAGAAAACCCUGAUGAUCUGCUUGCCCUACAACUCAUAAGAAACACUAUGACCACAGUAAGUAAGUGAUAGAUUGCCAGCUCCCCAUCUUGAUUUGUUAGAAGUGAUCAGGAAUGUCAUUUACUUGUCAGAUUUCAAUGAUGAGAUGAAAACUAAGGACUCCUCUAUAUGAUUAUCUUUUAUCAGUCAAAGCAGGAUAAUUUAGAAUUAAAAAAUAAUGGGUUUCUUUUAUCAGGAUCAGGCUACUUUGAUACUGAUGUGGUUACUGUAUUCAAACAAAAGUGAGGGUUUAAUUCAAGUAACUACGCAAAGAAUUAAGUCAAUCCUGAAAUAUUUUGGUGGAGAAGUCUUUGUUUCCUGUUUACAUUCACUCACUUUCUGCUUUUGUUGAGGAUUUUCGAGCCCUAAUUAACUGAAAAUUUUGUCUUAAAGAGAUAAUAAGGCAAAAUUUUGUUGCGGUAUCCUACCAAGCUUUGAUACUGGUGUGCUAAUUUCUCAUCUCGCAAUUUGCAUGCUAAAUUUGUUCUGUUCCAAAAUUUUCUUGUACAUUUAGACUAGCCUAAAAGUUAAUUAUUCAUAUCGGUGGCUGACUCUGUAAUGGUCACUUUAUUAGGUACUAGUAAUAUAAUAAAUGGAAAUUGUAACAGAAUACUUGCCAUUAAGAAGGAGUGCAGGAAUGUAGCAGGAUUUAUUUAGAUGAGUUUGGUUAACUAACCAAAAUAAGUGGUGUUGUUGACUCGGUUGUUACGAGGGACUCAUUAAAGUUGAUCAAGACUUACCCCACCAGUUUAGUGAGUUUUAUUCUUUGUUGAGGCACUAUCCAUAAAUUUUUUUUUCCUGCUAUGUGUUAAAACAGCAUGAUUAAGGUAAGAGAUUAAUAAAGAACAAGGCACUUUGCGCAUGGG